GCAAAAUGCCUCUCGCAAAGGAGGCGACAGCGAUGGAGCAGAUUGCACUCUCUGUCUGAUCUAUCUUCUUCUCUUCUUAUACCCCUCAACUUUUCAGAAAAGAAUACAAGGACUACGAUACAUAUAAAGAGUUUUCCCUCUCUCUCUUUCUCUCUUUCUUUCGCUCAUCUUUGUUCGCUAAGCUAAUUAAACAAGAUGCGCAACAUGACGAGCUCAGCCUCCGCCCGAGGCAUCGCAGCCAUUGUCGGCGUGGGACCGAAGCUGGGCCGCUCCAUCGCCCGCAAGUUCGCUCACGAAGGUUACACCGUCGCCAUUCUCGCUCGCGACUUAGGGAGAUUGUCGAGAUUUGCGGACGAAAUAGCGAGGGAGGAGAAAGCACAAGUAUUUGCGAUACGAAUCGACUGCUCGGACUCGAGGAGUGUGAGGGAGGCAUUCGAAGGGGUUCUCUCGCUUGGAUUUGUGGAGGUUUUGGUGUACAAUGCGUACCAGCCGGUGUCUUGGCAACCCACUGACUUCACCGACAUUCGCAUCGACUCCUUUGAGAAGUCCCUCGCCGUCUCUUCCGUUGGCGCUUUCCACUGCGCCCAACAGGUUGUUCCGGGCAUGGUGGAAAGGGGAAGGGGGACAAUUCUAUUCACGGGCUGUUCAGCUUCUCUCAACGGCGUUGCUGGUUUCUCUGAGAUAUGUUGUGGGAAAUUCGCGUUAAGAGCACUCUCGCAGUGUCUGGCAAGGGAGUUCCAACCUUUUGGUGUACACGUCGCCCACGUUGUCAUCGAUGGCAUCGUUGGUCCACCUAGGGGGCCAUCAACUUCGUCGCAGAGGGGGUUGGUUGGGGAACAACUCAACGGAGGGAGUGGGUCAAUGGACCCAGACGCGCUGGCUCAGACCUACUGGCAAUUGCAUGUUCAGGACCGAGCCGCUUGGACCCAAGAGAUUGAUCUCCGUCCCUCCAGUUCAAGAUUCUUCUAGUGCCCUCUACAAGUGCUAGGCUAGCGCCUAUGUUCCGUCAAUUACAAUAUUUCCCAAUAGUAGUAGUGUAUUUCCUUCUUCCCUACACUGCAUGAUUCUUAAGCCAAUUGCUGCCUGGACCCUACAUGUUUCGAUACAACUUGGAGGAUUCACAGAUCAGCAGCCAACGGGUCCCACUACGUGUCACACACCUCUCCCAAGUGGCUUGGAACAGGAGGUUAACCCAAGUUUGCAUAUUUCCUAGAUUUCAUGAUUGCUCGUGUUACCUAUUACUUUCUUUUUUAUUUGUUUGAUGGAAUUUACAUGCUUGUACUCUGCUUGAUCUAGCAAUUUGAUGCUUGAAUUGUUAUGGCAAGAGAGUUGUUAAUAGAGUUUAUUUAUAUUAACUCUUUCAUUUCAUUUCAUGUGAUUCUAGUCCUGUACUUUGGUUUGGGUGUGUCAUGUGUGUAUAUAUAGUUUGUGAUGAUUAAGCUUUGUCUUGAUAAAUAUGUAAUGCAUGAUUGAGGAAUAAAUAUGGUAUGUGAUUGAUUAA